AUGGCAAGACACAUAUUUUGCUUUUAAAAUCUUUAACUUUAUUGAUAUAUAAAUAACUUUGUAAUGCUCAAGUUUCCUAUUUUCUAAGAUACCAAGUCAUCCCUCUUAAAGUUUUCCUUCUUUAACUCCUUGAAACUAAACACAUUCAGUUAUUUGAUUAGUUGAUGCUAGAAUUUGACCUAGAGCUUAUGUAAUUAGAAGAGACACUAGUUUUAGCUCAUUUAAAAGCCUAGCUAGCAUAUGACAGUCUCCUUUCCGGGAAGUCAAGCCUCUCCACUGCUUCUUUUUAUAACCUUUAAGUUAAUUCAGAAUCCAGAUAAGCCUUGAUCCAAGGAUGAUAUAACCACAGCAAGCACCAUGGGACUGACUAGAGAAAUCAGGAAGCCUUCACAAAACAUGGUGUGAUGUCUACUGGUGGAGGCAGGACAUGAGGUCCAGGGAAGAAGGGAUGGCUUGAUCCAGGGACAGUGAAGAUGCAAUGCUGAAGAAUAAGUUGGAGGAGAGAAGCAACAGGCACCAUGGAAAAAACCAAAACAAAGCAAGGAGAGAAUGAACAUAUGCCAAUGAAUAAUCCUUCCACACAAAUUUACCAGGCUUCGAAGUACAAGUCUUCCCUGAACCUGACUCCAGUGGGAGCCCGCCUUCAGCGGCAGGAUGGAGGGAUCAUAACCUCUCUAGAGCAGCUUCAUGAAAAAAUCAACGAGAUGAGCAACGUGUUCAACUCGCUGGAGAACAAGUUGCAGGCCCUGGCCUCUGAACUCAAAACUGGUUUCACAGAAGCAAUGCAAGAACUGUCAAGAAUUCAACAUGGAGAAUAUGCUUUGGAAGAAAAGGUUAAGACCUGCAAAUGUUCCAUGGAAGAAAAAGUUACUGAGAUGAAGAAUUCAUUAAACUAUUUCAAAGAAGAGCUGAGCAAUGCCAUGUCAAUGAUCCAGGCAAUCACUUCCAAACAAGAAGAGAUGCAACAGAAAAUUGAACAGCUUCAACAGGAGAAGCGAAGAGAAUCUCGAAAAGUGAAAGCCAAGAAAACUCAAAAAGAAGAACAUGGCUCACAGGCUGGGCCUGCUCAAGCACAAGGAAGUCCUUUCCGUUCAAUCAAUAUCCCUGAGCCUGUUCUUCCAAGUGAAGACUUCACAAACCUCUUGCCUUCUCAGGCCUAUGAAAAAGCCCAAGAGUCCAGAUCCAUGCAUAUAGGAGAGAGUAAUGUGAAGGGAAUGAUGGGUCCUGGAAUGAACCCAACGACUCCAGAAGCAGAAGAAAACCUCAAGCCUUGCCUCACAGCCGAUAUUCAGUCUAAGGGCCAUGUGCCAUCCGGCGUGUGGAGGCAGCCGAAGGAUGGGAAAGAAUGGGGCGAGGAAUAUGUCACAAAAGACCACCCAGAUAAACUCAAGGAAGUUGGCCAGGGCAGACAUAGUUCCUUGGAAAAUGUUUUAUGUGAAACUUCUUUAGCUGCUAAAAGACAGACUGUGGCUCUGGAACUGCUUGAAUCAGAAAGAAAAUACGUCAUUAACAUCUCUCUGAUCCUGAAGAUCAAGGCAACAUUCCAGGGGUCAGAUGGAAAGAGGAAUUCCAAAGAGAGAAGCCUCUUCCCUGGCUCUUUACGGUACCUUGUCCAGCAGCACCUAGAUUUGCUUCAUGCUCUGCAGGAAAGGGUCCUGAAAUGGCCACGCCAAGGAGUCCUUGGAGAUUUAUUCCUGAAAUUAACAAAUGAUGAGAAUAAUUUCUUGGAUUAUUAUGUUGCCUACCUGAGGGACCUGCCUGAAUGCAUCUCUUUGGUUCAUGUUGUUGUUCUGAAGGAGGGUGAUGAAGAGAUUAAAUCUGACAUCUAUACACUGUUUUUUCAUAUAGUCCAGCGCAUCCCUGAAUAUCUGAUACAUCUGCAGAACGUCCUGAAGUUCACAGAGCAGGAACACCCUGACUAUUACCUACUUCUGGUGUGUGUUCAGCGCCUUCGAGUAUUUAUCUCACACUACACCCUGCUGUUUCAAUGCAAUGAGGAUUUGCUUAUUCAGAAACGGAAAAAGCUCAAGAAGUCAUCCAUGGCGAAGCUGUACAAAGGGCUGGCUUCCCAGUGUGCCAACGCUGGGCAAGAUGCUUCCCCCACUGCAGGCUCUGAGUCUGCCCGCGACAGUGGGAUCCACUCAGAAGAGAUGCUGCAACCCUACUCUCCUGCUCCAGGUUCUGGCCCUGCUAUCACGCACCUGAUGCCCCCCAUGAAGAAAGGCCAACAGCAGCAAAGCCUGAUGGACAGCAUGCAGCCCGGGAAGCCCGGCGACUGGGAGAUGGAGGGCAGGAAGCACGAGAGGCCCGACAGCCUCCUGGCGCCAGCGCAGUUCUGCCCCGCCGAGCAGGACGGGAAGGCUAAAACCGAACCCAAACCCGGGCCUACCUGUCCAGGGAGCAGCCUGGCCUCACCUGCAGCGUGGAGGGGGCCUUGCCAGGAGAUGCACUUAGAAGACACCACCAGAUUCUGUCCAAAGGAAGAAAGAGAAAGUGAACAAACGUCUUUCAGCGAUCAAAACCCCAGGCAAGACCAGAAAGGGGGCUUUCGCAGCUCCUUCCGCAAGCUCUUUAAAAAGAAGUCCAGUGGAUCAGAAUACAGGGAAAAAACUAAUGAGAAUCCCUCAAUGGAUCCUUCACCCACCAAACAAGAUUUCUUCAGAAACCGACUUGCUCUUGCAAAUGACCUUGACCAAGGAACAGCUGUGUAAAACAUACUUAAAGUUGUAUUGUCAAGUGGUAAGAUGAGGAUCAAAAGCUUGUAUAUAUAUUUGUGUAGGAAAAUAUAUAUAUUGGUGUAUAAAUCCCUGAGGAAAACUAAUAUAAAUACUUACAUAUGAAACUAAAUCAACAUAAAAACAAGACAUUGAAGAGAUGAAGAUUAGUCUAUGGUUGAGAACUGGCUUUUUGAACCUCAACACUUGGGAAAAGGGAAACGAAGACUUUUCACAGUAUUACAAAAAAACACAAUAAAUGUGGAGGAAAAUAAACGUUUGUAAGAUCAAAACUUCCACCUUGAA